AUGAAUCAAACAGAGCUUCUAAAGAAGUUUGGAGACGAUGAUAACAUGAUCUCGUUGCUGCCUUCAGACAGUGACUUCCAAGGGAAGAAGCUCUACAACUACCAAGGAUGUUGGUAUCAGUACAAGACUCUCCGAGCAGUCCUACAUUUCAAGAGAAACUUUAAGCCGCUUGACACCGACAUUAUAGUGGCUUCAUAUCCCAAGUCCGGCACUACUUGGCUUAAGGCCCUCACAGUUGCUUUACUUGAGAGGUCAAAAGAUGGUCCUCUGAGCCAUCCUCUGACCUCUGAUAACCCUUACGGUCUUGUACAGUCCGCCAUUGGUCUUGUACCCUUCUUCGAGUUGAAUCUUUAUCUCAAAAGCUCAACACCGGACCUGACCAAGCUCUCAUCAUCUCCGAGGCUGUUCUCAACUCACAUGCCGUUACAUACUCUGCGAGACCCCCUCAAGGACUCUCCUUGCAAGAUCGUGUACGUGUGUAGGAACGUAAAAGAUGUAUUAGUUUCACGUUGGUAUUUUUAUUCAAGAAUCGAAAACAAAGAAGCGGGAAGAAGCAUACUCGAGUCUAUGUUCGAGUCAUACUGUAGGGGAGUUAACUAUUAUGGACCUUUUUGGGACAAUGUUUUGAGCUAUCGGAGAGGAAGUUUGGAAGAUCCGAAGCAUGUUCUUUUUAUGACGUACGAGGAUCUUAAAGCACGGCCUCGUGAGCAAAUCAUGAGGCUUGCCGAGUUCUUGGGUUGUCCUAUUACUCAAGAAGAAAUACAUAGCGGAGCUGUCAAAGAGAUCUUGGAGUUGUGCUCUCUGCACAAUCUGAGCAAUUUGGACGUCAACAAGACCGGAAAAGCGUGGGACAACUUGGAUCACAAUGUCUACUUCCGCAAAGGUGAAGUUGAUGACUGGAAGAAUCAUUUUACUAGUGAAAUGGAGGAAAAAAUCGACAUGAUCAUCAACGAGAAGUUUCAAGGUUCGGGUUUGAAAAUUUGAGUUCCCCAUAUAUUAUGUGUGUGCGCUUAAUUUCUAUGAUGUAUCCUAAUAAAAAGCAACUUCCAUU